AUCAAUACCACCACCAUCACCAUCGCCGACGUCCGGCUGCAUAUCACCUCAUCCUUCUCGCAUCACAUCACGCCACCUCAUCACAUCGGCGUCGUAGGGACUGGUAGAGGUUGCUCUUCCGACGGCCCAAUACCAUUGUCCACCCAUCAUGACCACCCCUGCGGCCUCGGCCUCUGCCUCCUCUCACACGCCCCGUCGCUCCUUGGCUCGUCCCGGCGCAGGGAUGCACACACCAACGCCUGGAGCAUUGCGAAAGCCGACCUCUUCACCUGUGCCUCCCAACCACUCCGACGCUAGCAACGAUACCAGAACGUCUGCCACUCCCACCUCCGCCCGUUCUACCUUGCCCAGGCCGUCUCUAGGCGCACGCAAGUCAAUUUCCAACCUACGGGCCUCUCUGGGUCCUCCAUCUUCCUCCGCGCAGACGACUCGAUCAGCAACUCCCGAUGGUCUCAAUUUGCGGGCUUCGCUGCCAGGACCAUCUACGCCUUCAUCUUCUCGAACCUCGAUGUCCCUCUCAAAGACACCCCUAGCUUCUUCGCAGCUGAGCUCAUCCCUGUCCUCGAGCCACCGGGUCCAUACCCCGACUCCGGCAGCUCGAUCCGGCAGAACUUCGAGCCGAUUUGAGCCUCCGGCUGCUCCCGGUGCCGCCCCUCCGGUCCCUUCGCUGGACGCUCGAUAUAUGCGUCAGAUUAAGGACACGUCAGCAAAGGAAGGGCUCAAAUUGACACUGGACGACCUCGGGGCGCUCAUGCAGAUCAGAGAGGGGAAAGAGGACGGCUACAGGGGCAUUUUACGCUUCUUGGGAGAGAUACAAGGCAAGGGGACCGUGGUAUUUGCUGGCCUCGAGCUCGUCGAGGAAUGGCAAGGUCUCGGGAAGAAUGAUGGGACUGUAGGGUCUAUGCAAUACUUUGCGACUUCGUCCAACAACGGAAUCUUCCUUCUCCCAAGUCGCCUCCGCAGGGUCAACUCUCAAGCUCCUACCGACGCCGUAGCUCGCCCGCAAUCUGCCCUUUCCGGGCGCUCAUCUCGUGCUUCGGAGUCGCGGCCAUCCGAUUCGGACGUCUUCGAUCGCCCGGCAUCCAUCACACCGGCGAGGAGGCGAAGCAGCGUGGCUCCAUCAACGAGCAGCAGACCAGCCAGUGUCGCCAGCAUACGCCCCUCUUCACGACUUUCCCUUGCUCCUCGUCCCGAUUCGUCUCUGGGAUCAUCGACUCCCGCCAAGACCCCGAUGCGUACAGCACCGCGCAAAAGCAUGUUCGAGGAGUUGAGAGAAGAUAGUGAAGCACAAAGAAGAGCUCAGGCAAGUGCAGAGAACAUCGCCGCCGCACAAGGUCGGAUCACAGCUGGCUCUCGGGCUGCUGAACUGAUGAAGAUGACUGCGAGAGACAUCGCAGCCAAGAAGGAAGCAGCUGCGUUGGCAAGGCAGGGUCAUGGCACUCCCAUUCGCCCAGCUAAUGCCCACAGUCCACUCAAAGACGCCUUAACGGACCGACGCCGGGCUGGCAGGGCGAGUCUCGGUUCCUCGCAUUCCGAAGGACCUCUUAAGACGGCUUCUACGGGCGCUGGAGGUGAUAGCUCGGCCAUCUUUCGACCACGUCCUGCUACGCCGGUCCGGAUGGACAAGGCAAGCAGCGAGGCGGGUAGGGGCAUGCUACCUCCCGUGCCCCCUCUACCUCGCGGAUCUGCGACAGCCGGGGCACACCUCCGCUCCGAGUCUCGUCUUUCUGCCCAAGAAGAGGCUGCGAGUACUCGCUCGCAGGACCGGGCAGCUAGCUCUAUGUCACAAAGAGGCGACCUUGCAGACAUUAGCGACGACAUACAGCUACACAACAUCAAAAGGGCUCGCUCCCUGGCCCUGCUUGAACAGAUGGACCUCGACGCUACGCCUCGUCGUAGCAAUGUUGAGUUGCGAGCGACGACAAUGGGACGUUCGCCCAGUAUCUCGGCAGCCAGCGAUAGAAGUGUCGACGGUAUAGCCGAGGGCGUCGUGCCUCUGAGCCUGUACGAAGCAGUCAACGCGGACUUGCUGAAGAAGGAUGCCGAAUUGUCUGCGCUCCGUAAGGAACGCAACUUGUACAUUGCAGACCUGGAUAAGGAACGGAGACGCCUCAAGGAAGACGCUGCAAUACAGAUAAGAUCGUUGGAGGAAGAGCAAGAGCUCGAACGAAAUGACGAAAAGCGCAGGCGAGCAGAGAGCGAGGGAAAGGUCAAGCAAGCUUUAGCUGAAGUUGAAGCACUGAAACGACAGAAUAAGCAAAGCAUCGAAGAGGCAGCGCGUAAGGAUUCAGAUGCCAUGGCCAAGGUACAGGAGCUCGAAGCCCGCGUGGUAGAGUCCGAAUCCUUGGUCAAGGACCUCAAGCUAGCCCUCGCAGCGCCGGAUCGUGCCAGUGACGGGCAAUCUGCAGUACUCGCAGCAAAGGAUGCGGAGAUAGAGCAACUGAAAGGGCGACUUACUCGACUAGAGUCACAAAUGGAGAGCGAGAGGGGAGAACUCGUUCGAGAAAUUGAAGAAUUGAAAGAGGCCGGGCAAGAGACCAUUGCACUGUAUGAGCUGCGGGUCGAAGAGGCCCAUGAGGAAGGCCGCCAGCAAUUGGAUGAUGCAGAGGAUCGAUUACGUCAGCUACAAACCCGCGCUCAGGAAGCCAUUGCGGCUGCUGAAGCUCAAAGGGAUGAAGCGCUUUCGCAACUCAGCGCGACUGGCGCGACGCCUACCGCUGCUAUCAUAGACAAUGAGAGUCUGCAAGCGCAAUUGGAUCACGCUCGAGACCAGCUGCUUGCCAUCGAGGACCAACUGCAGGAAGCUCGGUCUGCCUUGCGUGCCGAGACAGAUUUGGCGAGAAAGCGGAAGGACAAGUAUCUGGAGGCAGAGAGCAAGCUCAAAACGGAGAUAAAGAAGCUCAAGAGCGAGCUUGGAAUUGCUGAGACUCAGGCAAGAGAAGCGAAAGACAAAGUCGAAGAGUUGCAUCAUGCCCUUGAGCAGAGGUCCACUGCUCAAGAAGCAGAGAGGUUCGAGCUGGAGGCUCUGAGAGCUGAAGCAAGCCAAGAUGCGAAUGGCCACGGGCGCGAGACGAACGGCGACAGCAAACACCUUGCCUUGGCACCUGCGGCAGAGGUGAUGCGUUUUACUUUGCUGCUCGAGAAGGAAAGGUCAGCUCUACAAGAGGCCCUUGACAAGCUCGAAACUUUCGAACAGCAGGCCAGCACCCAGCCUGUGGCUGCGGAUACCGAGCUUGCACCAAAUUCGAGGGCAGACUCGGACAAGGCGAGCUCUGUUGGCACCUCGACUGCGUCUGCGAGGGUGGGCAACGAUCUCUCGACACGUGUCGCCGAGCUGGAGACUGCUCUGCAGGAAGCCAAGGAACAUACUCACGACCUUGAGAGCAGACUGCAGAGGACAGAAGUCGAAAAGAAAGAGGCUGCAGCUCAUUCAGUAAGGGAGGUGGCGGAGCUGGAGGCCUUGAUAGAAGCAGGCAUGUGGCAACGCGAGGAACUCGAGGCGAAAAUCGCUGAUCUAGAGAAGAAACUGCAGCGGGCAAAGGAAAAGAUAGCGGCAGCGAGAACAACGGCAGAGGCAGAGGCGAUCGGCGUCAGAAAACCUGAAGAGCGCGCUGCUAGUACCAACGCAGAAAUGGCGAACAAAGCAUCUGUCGCCGAGUCGCCGGCCAGGACAAAUGACAGUGAAGCAGAGACGGAAGAGGUUUGCGACGAUUGCGGGUCUCGGGAUCACACGCUGGAUAAUUGCCCACUCCUGGAUCAGAUCUUCUGAUCCCCCCUCGCCCUACUUGAGAUUCUGUCAUCCGUCUUUCGCAAUGCAUAUGUGUAGAAAUACGAUCAGUCCCCGCCCAUUGCACACGAGAGACGUCGACAAUCGAAUGCAUUGCAUUCGAGAGAUG